UGUGUGUAUGUGUUGGUGAAUGUGAGUACGGGGAAGCAGCGGCCGCCAUUUCAGGGAGCUUGCCGGCUCUGUCGCAGGGGUGGAUCCCGAGCUGCCGAAACCGCAGCCCUGCUCUCCUGCACGGGCUCCUUUAAUCCCAUUGUUUCUUUUAGAUUCGCCUGGGCCUUGACGCCCUAGGAGCCCGAUAUUUGGGUUGGGCGGUACCGCGGCCUGGGCCUAGGGGUUUAUCAGUAGCAGCGGCAGCGGCACAAGCAGCAGCAGCCGCCGCCGCAGAAGCAGACUUCACCGAGCCGAGCACAGGCGCUCGAAAACCCGCACAGGUGUUAAGAGAAAAUGGCAGACGAUAUUGAUAUUGAAGCAAUGCUUGAGGCCCCUUACAAGAAGGAUGAGAACAAGUUGAGCAGCGCUAACGGCCAUGAAGAACGUAGCAAAAAGAGAAAAAAAAGCAAGAGCAGAAGUCGUAGUCAUGAGCGAAAGAGAAGCAAAAGUAAGGAACGGAAGCGAAGUAGAGAUAGAGAAAGAAAAAAGAGUAAAAGCCGCGAACGGAAACGAAGUAGAAGCAAAGAAAGGAGACGAAGUCGCUCACGAAGUCGAGAUCGCAGAUUCCGAGGCCGCUACAGAAGUCCCUACUCCGGACCAAAAUUUAACAGUGCCAUCCGAGGAAAGAUUGGGUUGCCUCAUAGCAUCAAACUAAGCAGACGACGUUCCCGAAGCAAAAGUCCAUUCAGAAAAGACAAGAGCCCUGUGAGAGAACCUAUUGAUAAUCUGACUCCUGAAGAAAGAGAUGCAAGGACAGUUUUCUGUAUGCAGCUGGCCGCAAGAAUUCGACCAAGGGAUUUGGAAGAAUUUUUCUCUACUGUAGGAAAGGUUCGAGACGUCAGGAUGAUUUCUGACAGAAAUUCAAGACGUUCCAAAGGGAUUGCCUAUGUGGAGUUUGUUGACGUCAGCUCAGUGCCUCUAGCAAUAGGAUUAACUGGCCAACGAGUGUUAGGAGUGCCAAUCAUAGUACAAGCAUCACAGGCAGAAAAAAAUAGAGCUGCAGCAAUGGCAAACAAUUUACAAAAGGGAAGUGCUGGACCUAUGAGGCUUUAUGUGGGCUCAUUGCACUUUAAUAUAACUGAAGAUAUGCUUCGGGGUAUCUUUGAGCCUUUUGGAAGGAUCGAAAGUAUCCAACUCAUGAUGGAUAGUGAAACAGGUCGAUCUAAGGGAUAUGGAUUUAUUACGUUUUCUGACUCAGAAUGUGCCAAGAAAGCUUUGGAACAACUGAAUGGAUUUGAACUUGCUGGGAGACCCAUGAAAGUUGGUCAUGUUACUGAACGUACCGAUGCAUCUAGUGCUAGUUCAUUUUUGGACAGUGAUGAACUGGAAAGGACUGGAAUUGACUUGGGAACAACUGGUCGCCUCCAAUUAAUGGCAAGACUUGCAGAGGGAACUGGUUUGCAGAUUCCACCAGCAGCACAACAAGCUUUACAGAUGAGUGGCUCCUUGGCAUUUGGUGCUGUGGCAGAAUUCUCUUUUGUUAUAGAUUUGCAAACACGACUUUCCCAACAGACUGAAGCUUCAGCCUUAGCUGCAGCUGCCUCUGUUCAACCACUUGCAACACAGUGUUUCCAACUUUCUAACAUGUUUAAUCCUCAAACAGAAGAAGAAGUUGGGUGGGAUACAGAGAUUAAAGAUGAUGUAAUUGAAGAAUGUAAUAAACACGGAGGAGUUAUUCAUAUUUAUGUUGACAAAAAUUCAGCUCAGGGCAAUGUGUAUGUGAAGUGCCCAUCAAUUGCUGCAGCUAUUGCUGCUGUCAAUGCAUUGCAUGGCAGGUGGUUUGCUGGUAAAAUGAUAACAGCAGCAUAUGUACCUCUUCCAACCUACCACAACCUCUUUCCUGAUUCUAUGACAGCAACACAACUUCUAGUUCCAAGUAGACGAUGAAGAAAGACACAGUCCUUUAUGUACAUAGCUUUUUUUUCCUUGAGAAUUCAUCUUGAGUUAUCUUUUAUUUAGAUAAUAAAGAGACAAGAGUCUACUGUCAUUUGUAUACAAUUCCUGUUACCUUGAAAAAUAAAAAUGUUAACAGGAAUGCAAGUGUGCUCAUUCUCCCUAACUAGCAGUUCCCAGUGUAUACAAAGCUGUUCUCUUGUUCUGCCUUUAAAUGUUCAUGUAGAAAAUUACAUUUAAGGAUAUAUAGGAAUAGCUCUAGGUGAACAAAUGUGCUUUCUGUGUAAAGGCAGACAGGUAUGUAAUGUUUUUAAUGUUCAGAUGCUUAACUUUUUACACAAAUUUCAUUUCAUGAUGUUAUUUGGCUCGUGGUUUUGCAGAGGUUUCUCAAAUACACAAAAGUGUAUGGAAAUUCUAGGCAGCUAAAGGGCUGUUUGGCAUCUCACCUUGCAUUCUGAUCAUUUGGCAACAAAGGGAGAUUUAAAAAUUAUAUUUCUUGAUGGUAACUUUUCAAUUAAUGUAUCUGUAAAAGUUUCUUUGUAAAUACUGUGCUCUGGUGUGUCUUAAGAUUCCAAACAAAAUGAUCCCUGCAUUUCCUGAAGAUGUUAGUAACAGUGUGGUGAGUGGAGCAGUCUGGGCAAGAACUAGGAAAUGCAGAAAUAGGUUUUGUCUGGUUGCAUAUAAUCUGCUCUUUUUAAGCUCUGUGAGCUCUGAAAUAUAUUUUUGGGUUACUUCAGUGUGUUUGACAAGACAGCUUGAUAUUUCUAUCAAACAAAUGACUUUCAUAUUGCAACAAUCUUUGUAAGAACCACUCAAAUAAAAUUCUCUUUAAAAGGCCA